UGAGAGUUUCCUCAUCCUCAAAGCUUUUGCCACAACAACAUUGAACUUUCAUUACCAUUAUUUGUCUUUUGAUUGUUAUCAUUGCUAUAACUUGUGACAACAAUGGCCUCAAGCUCAGUUUGGACAACAAAGCAGAACAAGAAGUUUGAGAAUGCUUUGGCCAUCUACGACAAGGACACCCCAGAUAGGUGGCAGAACUUGGCCAGAGCAGUGGGAGGAAAAACAGUGGAAGAAGUGAAAAGGCACUAUGAGAUGCUUGUUGAUGAUUUGAAGCAGAUUGAGGAAGGUCGUGUACCCUUGCCCAAUUACAGAAAAGUUGCUGCUGCUGCAUCAGAAGCAGGCACCAUCAGAGGUUACAGUUACAUCAACGAAGAACAAAGGAUGAAAGUCCUAAGCCUCAGGUGAAGGUGUAAGAAGGAUAUAUAUAUAUAUUCUCAUUACCAACCAAUCAAGCUAAGUGAAGAUUAAACUGCAUGCAGUGAUGAACCUACUUUGGUUCCAUGAUAACAAAAUCAAGUGUAACUUUGUAGUUUUUUUUAUUUUUUCUAUGAAUGUCAUGUAUCUGUGACUUUAAAUGUAAAAGCAAUCAAGUUAAGCUUUUGAAGGUAAAGCAUGUAUGUUCAUGGACCUGUAGUUUGUGUGAA